GUCUCGCGCCGCCCUGCUCAGAUAGACGGCUGUAUCUCGUGCUGUUGGCUGUGGCGCUGAAGUUCUGCUCGCGGGCUCGCGGAACCGUACCGUAGUAAGUGUAGUGAGGUCCUAAGUGCGCGUGGGCUCGUGUGCUGUGUAGCUCGUCUCUCUGAACCGCGCGACGCGUCCGGCGAGGGUCAGAAUGGCCCAGUGGAACCAGUUACAACAGCUGGAGACACGCUACGUGGAGCAGCUGUACCACCUGUACAGUGACAGCUUCCCCAUGGAGCUCCGCCAGUUUCUGGCACCCUGGAUUGAGAGCCAAGACUGGGCGUACGCAGCUAACAAGGAGUCCCACGCCACGCUGGUAUUCCAUAACCUGCUGGGGGAGAUCGACCAGCAGUACAGCCGCUUCCUGCAGGAGAACAACGUCUUGUACCAGCACAACCUGCGACGCAUCAAACAGCACCUGCAGAGUAAAUACCUGGAGAAACCCAUGGAGAUCGCACGCAUCGUGGCCCGCUGUUUGUGGGAGGAACAGAGACUGCUGCAGACAGCCACUACUGCACAGCAGGACGGCCAAGCCGCCCACCCCAGUGGAACUGUAGUGACCGAGAAACAACAGAUCCUGGAACACAACCUACAGGACAUCAGGAAGAGAGUGCAGGACAUGGAGCAGAAGAUGAAGAUGCUGGAGAACCUGCAAGACGACUUUGACUUCAACUACAAGACCCUGAAGAGCGCUGGAGAACUCUCACAGGACCUGAAUGGAAACAGCCAGGCCGCAGCCACACGUCAGAAGAUGGCACAGCUGGAGCAGAUGCUGAGUGCCCUGGACCAGCUCCGCAGGCAAAUCGUGACGGAGAUGGCCGGACUGCUGCAGGCGAUGGAUUUUGUGCAGAAGAACCUGACGGACGAGGAGCUGGCAGACUGGAAGAGGAGGCAGCAGAUUGCCUGUAUCGGAGGACCACCAAACAUCUGUCUGGACCGGCUGGAGACGUGGAUCACCUCUCUGGCUGAGUCUCAGCUGCAGAUCAGACAGCAGAUUAAGAAGUUGGAGGAGCUGCAGCAGAAGGUCUCAUACAAAGGAGACCCCAUAGUCCAGCACCGCCCUGCUCUGGAGGAGAAGAUCGUAGACCUGUUCCGCAGCCUCAUGAAAAGUGCUUUUGUAGUUGAGAGGCAGCCGUGCAUGCCGAUGCACCCAGACAGGCCUCUGGUCAUUAAGACAGGAGUGCAGUUCACCAACAAAGUUCGGUUACUCGUAAAGUUCCCAGAACUGAACUACCAGCUGAAAAUUAAAGUGUGCAUUGACAAGGAAUCCAGCGAUGUGGCAGCCAUUCGAGGGUCACGUAAGUUCAACAUCCUUGGCACCAACACCAAGGUGAUGAACAUGGAGGAGUCCAACAAUGGCAGCCUGUCCGCAGAGUUCAAACAUUUGACUUUGCGAGAACAGAGAUGUGGUAAUGGUGGCCGGACCAACACUGAUGCGUCCUUGAUAGUGACUGAGGAACUUCACCUCAUCACCUUUGAGACAGAGGUCUAUCACCAGGGCCUGAAGAUCGACCUUGAGACACACUCUCUGCCUGUUGUUGUCAUUUCUAACAUCUGUCAGAUGCCAAAUGCGUGGGCAUCCAUUCUAUGGUACAACAUGCUGACCAACCACCCCAAGAAUGUGAACUUCUUCACCAAGCCUCCUGUGGGCACCUGGGACCAGGUCGCUGAGGUGCUGAGCUGGCAGUUUUCCUCUACAACCAAGAGAGGCCUGACCAUAGAACAACUCACCACACUGGCUGAGAAAUUGCUGGGUCCCUGUGUUAACUACUCCGGUUGCCAGAUCACCUGGGCCAAGUUUUGCAAAGAGAACAUGGCAGGGAAGGGUUUCUCAUUCUGGGUGUGGUUGGAUAACAUCAUUGAUCUGGUGAAGAAGUACAUUCUGGCUCUGUGGAAUGAGGGGUAUAUCAUGGGUUUCAUCAGUAAGGAGAGAGAGAGGGCCAUCCUGAGCCCAAAGCCUCCUGGGACAUUUCUGCUGCGUUUCAGUGAGAGCAGUAAAGAGGGAGGAAUCACUUUUACCUGGGUGGAGAAAGACAUCAAUGGUAAGACCCAGAUCCAGUCUGUAGAGCCCUACACUAAGCAGCAGUUGAACAGUAUGUCCUUUGCUGAGAUCAUCAUGGGCUACAAGAUCAUGGAUGCCACCAACAUCCUGGUCUCCCCACUGGUCUACCUUUUCCCCGACAUUCCGAAGGAGGACGCUUUUGGGAAGUACUGCCGCCCCGAGGCCCAGCCCGACGCCGACUUCCCAGAACCGGGAUGUGCCAUUCAGCCAUAUCUGAAGACCAAGUUCAUCUGUGUUACUCCGUGUCCCUCUGUCUUCAUGGACUUCCCGGAGAGUGAACUGCUGGGGAACGGCUUCCCUGGAACGAAUUCAGGUAACACCAGUGACCUGUUCCCUAUGUCUCCCCGCACUCUCGAGUCUCUGAUACAAAAUGAAACACAUGAGGCGAACCCUGGACCUCUGGGUAACACACACACACACACACAAUCUCUCACUCUGGAUAUGGAGCUGAGCUCAGAUGUGGCGUCUCCCAUGUGAAGCUGCCCCACCUACAGCUUUCACUUCUGGAACGUUCUGUCUCCUGGAGACGUAGUUGUUUUUUUCCUUGCUGUAUAUAUUGCACUUUAAAGGUGCUGUUCCAUCUCCGUAGAUGCUGUUUGCCAUAACUGAUCAUGUGCUAGUUAAUGUUACUCUCCUUCCUCAUGUAAGAAUCAGUUCUUUGCUAACAUUUACAAAAUCUGUUGGGUUGCAUUCAUGUGACUGUCCACUAACAUGUUUUGAAGAUUGACUGUAUCAAUUAGCUUGUAAUAUUUGUUUCCAGUUUGGUUGUCAUGUAACCACUGGCAGAAACGUUUGUGAUGAGAGCCGGUUGAGUUGUAAUGACUGUAAACUUAAGUGUGUUGAUCUGGGGAUUUUCCUGGUGUGAGUUUGUUUGAUGAUGGUCACUGAGACUGACAGUCCAGAUUGUGAGGUCAGCUGACCCUCUUAAAAACUCCUGUAACCUACCAGACUAAAAUUAUUAUAGUAUAUAAUGACACUUCUUUUUUAUGGUUAUUCUUUUAUCCUUUUAUGCACUUGUUUUGUGGACUAUAAAUGGUUUUAAAAAUGGA